CUCCACUGUGAAAGUACUCAUUUGUUGUGCGUAGCUCCGAGAGAGCCCAAGCCGCUCGUGCUCCGCCGUGAAGCUUCUCGCACCUGUAUCUUGUGACGCGCCCGUGACGUGUUAUGUGACGCCACACUUGUACACCACCAGCACACGUGCCGCCAGUUGUCUCUCUUGGACUGUCAGGAGCUGCCUGCUAAACUCCACAGUCCCUCCCUCGCUCUCACACACACACGACCCACUGUGCUAACGCCCGGGAUACCUACCUCGUGUGGAUGUUGUGCCUGUGCCCGCCAUGCAGUGUUCGGCUCGCUAUUAUACAGUGUUACACCGUGUCCUGACCGAGUCCUAGUGCCAUACCCAAGUGAUCCUCGGAGCCUGACCGCAGAUUGAUCCUUCACGUCUGUGUACAUUAGCGUGCUACCCUGCCAUUGUGUGUACAAUACUGUGCUACAUUUGCUACUGUGUGUGUACUACUUAUCCUGUGUGAUAUACAGUGCUGUGCUGAUAGUGACCCCAAUAACUUCAACACCACUGGGUGUGUGUGAACCGUGAAUGACUUCUGUUCCUGGAUAUCUUUACUAGCUUCGAACCCUUCUUCUCACCUGAGCAUUGAUAUCCCCACGGAACUGACACCUACAAUCGUUUAAGGUACGACCUGUGAGUCCUCCGUGUAUGCAUGCUGGCAAUACAGUAUCGACUUCGUUCACAUUUCCCAGAUUAAAGAGUCCCGCCGACGUAAAGUUGUCACGGGUUCCUGGUGGCGGUGUUGCCUUUGUUCCACUUCGAGCCGCCCCCACCACCAUGCCCUUUAUCGACGACAAUCUACUUUGGUGUCCCGACAACGACGGCAAAAUGGUCGACCUCUCUUGCCUGGAUCCUGGAGGAGGAAACGCUGCAGACAACAGCGCCACUCCAGGGGGACAUAACAAUGACCAAAUGACCCCAAUGGGAAUGGGGGUCAUCGGAGGUCUCGCCUCGUCUCACCCGUCCUCAGCCCCUGAAUGUGGGGACCUCGCCGAACUCUCACAGGCUGACCUUAAGGGACUCGUUGGCGAAAUGACAGAGGAUGAUGAGAUCUUCACAAGCAUCUCUGAUCCUACCAUUGAACUUGAUAAUAUUUUUGCUGAGAUCCCGCAGGUCGAUGACUCGUUCCUGUCGGGGAAUCCUGUCGGAAACGAGAGAAUGCGAGGGCGAUGUGGGCGGGAGGACGCCAUCCCCGCCACGCCCACAGAUUCGGCCAAGACGCCCUCAGACCUUCAUUUGAUACAGAUAAAACAGGAGUUGGAGCAGUUGGGAAGUAGCGACGAGGAACCCAUGUCAACCAGCACCCUGGAGGCAGUGUCCAGCACCAGCACUCUGAAUUCAGUCCUCCGCUCGUCGCCUCUCUCUGGCCACAACCACAAUCACAAUCACCUCAUUUCCCAGCUCAUCAACAAUCCAAUGGCCUCUUCCAAUAGUAAUAACAAUCUUCACAACACAAAUGGCAACCAAUCUUUUGCCAGUUUGCUCAAUGACUCCGAGACAAACGGAAUCGGAAAUGGAUGCUCCAGCACCUCCCUGCUCCAGAAUGCCUUGCAGAACAACGGCUCAGCAAAUGGAUUGAUAGAUGCUCGCCACAUCAAAAGAGAAAAUUCCGUGGCAGCUGCUAAUCCCUUGCUAGCAGAAGCGUGGCCGAUCUCUCAUUGGGCAUUUUGGGAGGACUUGGGACUUCUAUCUUCCCCCUUCGACCGACCAAUGGGCAGUCCGGUCACCAACCAGUCACCGACACAAACCCUGCCCGGUCUCCUUGGUCACAUCAAAGUCAAGAAGGAAGUGCUUGACCAUCACCAUGACUCCUGCAAAGUUGACACCGAUGGAGGUCGUGUGGUCGGCCCCCACCAUGCGGACGCGCUGCACCACCACCACCACCACACCCACCACCAUCACCACCACCCACACCACCUCAACAACAGCGUGGCCAGGUCCAGGGAGCAGCUCCUGCAGGAUCUCCUCUCGUCGGGCCAGCAGAUGCCGCCGCACCUCCAGAGCUCAAGUAACAACAACAACAACAGCAGUAGUAUGUACAGCCCCGGCGCCACCUACCCGCCCCCUCACCCGGCCGCCCACACCGGACAUCGGACGGCCUACUCUGCCUCUCAGCCAAACACUUCCGUAGGAGGGUCCCUUCCCCCCUCGCCGGCGGACUCAGGCGUAUCUGACGUGGACUCUUCCAGCGGACACACCAGUAAUGACGAGUCCAAAACCAGACUACACCUCACAGUGUGUGGCUCCCGGACCCCGGACUCCCCGUCGUCGGGCGCCGAGGCAGGAGGAGGCGGCCUGCCGUCCUUCCACCCGACCUACUCUCCACAACAACUCCACAUUCGGUCCACGUCACAGCCGCCUCACACCCCCAACCCCUUCCCCAGGCCUCAAGAUUCUCAGGUGAUGGGCGGGUACGGCGGAGUGGGUGUGUCCGGUGGCUACCUCGAGGGCGGCUCCCCCGGAGGCGUGGCCGCCGCGUACGGCGUAACCUCCCCUCAUUACACCGGCCACUCCUCGGGUCUCACCUCCCCCCUGCUUGGCCCUUCAGCCUCACACAUGAACCACAUGGUCUCCUCGGGCAUGGGCGCGGCUCCCUCCACGGCGUCCCCCUCCUCUUCGUCCUCUGCCGAAGACUUCUUCUUGGGCGACAUGGGCUUCCCUCCCAGGAUGAAGAAGAAGGGGCGCAAACCCAAGCCCGCGGACGGCCAGGGUCAGCAGCCGGGCAUGAAGAGGAAGAGCAGAGAAGGCUCGACAACUUACUUGUGGGAGUUCCUUCUGAAGCUGCUUCAAGACAAGGAAUGUUGUCCUAAGUACAUCAAGUGGACCAACCGUGAGAAGGGCGUGUUCAAGCUUGUGGACUCCAAAGCUGUGUCAAGGCUGUGGGGUCUCCACAAGAACAAGCCCGACAUGAACUACGAGACCAUGGGUCGCGCUCUCAGAUACUACUACCAGCGAGGAAUCCUGGCCAAGGUCGACGGCCAGCGCCUCGUGUACCAGUUCGUGGACGUCCCCAAGGAUAUCGUCGAGAUCGACUGCACCGGAGCGUAAGCGGAAGAGUUGAAACUCCACUGGGUCAUGGACCGUCGCCAAAUGCUUGCUACAAGUAGUCGCAUCGGGCCGAGCGCGAGUCGACAGUCGCAAGGCAUCGAGGAGCUGAGCGCGGCGACGACCUGGCGCCGCGCCCUCCCGCCCACGCGCCCUGCCGAGGCUCAGCCGCUCAAGACGAAGUGAUCCCGACGGUGGUGGUGCGGUCGAGGCACAACACAGCCACCUGCGUCGUUCAGCGCAAUGGUUUCCUUCCGACAAUAAGAAGAGCCCGUGACGUUCAAGAAAGAAGUUUUUGUAAUAUAGAUAUUCUAUGAGAAAAGGAACUGAGCUUCCUGUAGCCUAUUUCUGUAUAUAUUGCCUCCAAUCUCUAUAUUGUAAUGACUAUCACUCGCCAUGAGUUUUGUAAAUAGUAUAUAGAUAAGAUUAUGAUGAUAAUUAUUUUAUUACAUGCGCCUCUUAAUCGAAGUGGCAAGACUCCGUGUCGAACACUGUGAGGCUCAAUCUCCUCCUACCCCAUCCAGAAUGUGAUAGCAGGCAGCCCGCGGACACACAAUGAAACAGGGCUGAUCAGUGUAGGUUGUAGUGAGACGAGUCCGUAGCCGCGCCUCAUUCUUACAAUAUCCCUUGAGCGUGACUUGCUACUCGCGCCCUUACUACUGGAUCCAUUCGGAAUCGUAGCGUAUCUCAGACCAGUGACAUUAUAUAUAUAUAUAUAUAUAUAUAUAUAUAUGAAUCAGUGAAAAUGCGUAGCACCACCUAGAACCAUUGUCGUGUGGAGUGACUCUCAGGACCUACAGUGAUCUUAGGAACGACAGAACGCCAAGACUGGGUUACCCAGACGCCUCCCCUCCCAUCUCCCUCUCCCACACCCUGCCGAGAAAGAGAGAGGGCGCGAGAGAGAGAGAGAGAAAGAGAAGGAAAGAAGCAAGAAGCAUCGCCAGCUCAAGUGGUAUUGCAAGAGUAAGGGUCCGAAUCCUUUUGUCAAGCCGUAGAUCCCCAGUGUCCUACCAAUGGCACCGAAAUCGGAUUGUAGUUGUUGUUUGGAACGAACUUUGCUCGGGAGGACGCAUGAAGGACAGUGCCUUGCAGCUUAGCCAGUCCGUUGCUCUCCGCUUCUUUAUAUAUAUGUAAUAUAUAUAGUAAAAACAAAAUUUAUAUAUAUAUAAAACCAAAAACAUGACUCCGAUGCCAUUUGCCAUUUUCUACAAAAUUUGUACUAGACGCAUCAUUGUGAUUGGCCGAAGCUACUAACCCUGAAAGCCAAGGUGAUAUUAGUCAUAAAGUGUUGUGAGAAAAUAAGAUUAGGAAAAAGCUAACCUAAUAACCAAUCUGGGCAUAAAGAAAUAGAAGUUGAAGAAGGUUGUCCAAAUCGGUGCUCAAUUAGACGGUCAUGUUCCAAUUCUUUGUAAGUGAUGAAACAGAAAGCCAUAUCAUAUAUAUUUUGAAUAUAUUUAAUACUUUAAAAAUUUUUACUCUCUAUUUUCAUCUAUGGAAAGAAUAUAAUAAUACUAAAAAAAAAAACUGACAAAUACUUCGUAAAAAAAUAAAACAAUUGUAGCCAGUUGUCUGACUAGCUCCCUGCUUGACGUGGACGCACUCGAGGGCAGUGCAGACAACAGAGCAUGUGAUGACCUAGGAUCUCUGAGGGAACUCGCCCUGGUGCGGAAUGUGCUGGCCUCCGCGCGCGCCUCUGUAACAUAGACUCUUUCUUUUAGCACUAUUUAUUUAUUGAAUACUUAAUGAUAUUUUACGAGCGUUGUUAAAUUGUUAUAUAAGUUAAAUGUUUUGAUAUACGCGACUGGGAAAUCACUAAGGUAUAAUAAUGUAAGUUCAUUUGUGGUGUUGUGUUUUAUUGUAAUACUAUUCACACCAGCUAUGUUAUGUCUAUUAACAGCGGACCAACCUUAUUUCGCAAAAUUUACAGUUUUAUUAAAUAGUUUUACAUAUCAUUUUGGUUGUAUACUAAAUCAUUCCUUUUUUUGUAAUGUCCUAUUUUGUGUGUGAAGUAGUGAGGCCGCCCCGAACGCUGGAGGUAGAGGGAGGUGACCCCAAACUCCCAGUGCAAGGACCCUUUGUAAGAAGUUAAGAAACAAAAAAAAAUCCUGAAGGAACUUUACACAUCCUUUGUUGUGGUCCCCUGGUGCGUGGGCGUCCCUAGCACUGGUCGUUCAGUGGUGCCUCGACCUGCCUAAGUAUGGUUCUCUGACCUCUAUCGGUGCCUGCGUCUACCUAUGGUCCCCCAAACCACACCUUUUCCCUGGUGCCUCCUUUUAUUUAUUUUUCUCUCACCCAUACUUCCCCCCCCCCCCCCCCAUCCUACUCCUCCUCGUCCUCCUGAAGGACGGGCCUCUCGGGUGUCCCUCCCUCGCCCCUCCUCCCUGGUGGUCCUCCAGCACUAGUGCGAGCAGCGUGUGGUCCGUGUGUUGGUCCUCCGUGUACCCGAGAGUUGGCUUCUCUUAGUACAAAGUGUGGCGGUGGCUGGCGGCACGCUGGAGCUGGCUGUCCCUACUGCACAAGCUGUUGUAACUUCGCGUUAUGACGUGGAUGACACUCAGAUGCCUUACAUUCAGUCAGGAAUGUGUAUGUUUGUGUAAUAUAUAUAUCUACGAACACAUCUUUAUAUAUAUAUAUAUAUAUAUAUAUAUAUAUAUAUAUAUAUAUAUAUAUAUAUACAUGUGAUAUAUAUAUAAGACAUACACAUGAGUUACCUUGUGCAUAUAUUUCACUGUUGAGAUUGGGCAUAACAGGCGCCAUGGGUAGCUUUGCCCCAUGCCCCUCCGCCGGGCGGACAGCGCUCCGAGGUGGUCCCGCCCCUGGUGGCUUGGGUCCCCCUCCCCAGGGCGGCGGGAGGCAGCCCCAGCACCGUCGCUGUACAGUCUUGUCGACGGCCCCGGGCCUCUGUCGGCAGCUUUUUCAGUGUUCACACUACACACUGUAUCAACACUACCAUUUUUAAGGUGUAAAAUAAAACAAAUGAUAUUAA